AUGGCCAAGUGCUUCAGCCUGCUGUUGCUUCUGGUCUCCAUCUGGCCCACAAGGCUUCUGGCCCAAGGCUCUCUCCGAGUUCAAGAGCUUUCCAUCUUGCUGCCAUGCAGAAUUGUGGGUGUCACCCUUGUGAACAAAAAGGUGGGCCUGCAGCUGAAUUUCACAGAAGCCAAAGAGGCCUGCAGGUUGCUGGGACUAACUCUGGCCAGCAAAGACCAGGUUGAAGAGGCAUGGAAGUCUGGGUUUGAGACUUGCAACUACGCAUGGGUUAAAGAAGGGUUCUCUGUGAUCCCUCGGAUUAUCCCAAACCCCAAAUGUGGGAAGAAUGGGAAAGGUGUCCUGAUCUGGAGAGCUCCACUUAGCAAAAUGUUCGGGGCCUACUGUUACAACUCAUCUGAUGUUUGGGUUAACUCAUGCCUUCCAGAAGUCAUGACCACUUAUGAUCCUAUGUUUGAUCUUCAAAGCUCAAUACAUACACAGUUUGCCGUCAGUGACAAUACCUACUCGGCAUCAUCCCUUGACCCAGCAGCAUCUACCCUUGCUACUACUCCAACUCCUGCUUCCACUCUGGCUCCACGGAAAAGAAAAGUGAUUUGUUUUACGGAAGUUGUUACAGAAAUUAGCACUGUACCCACAGAAACUGGAGCAUAUACUGAAAAUAAAACUACAUUUAAGAAUGAAGUUGCUGGAUUUGGAGGAGUCCCCACGGCUCUACUAGUGCUUGCUCUCCUCUUCUUUGGUGCUGCAGCUGGUCUUGCAGUUUGCUACGUCAAAAGGUAUGUGAAAGCCUUCCCUUUUACAAACAAGAAUCAGCAAAAGGAAAUGAUUGAAACUAAAGUAGUAAAGGAAGAGAAGGCUGAUGAUAGCAGUCCUAAGGAGGAGUCCAAGAAAACUGAAAAAAGUCCAGAAGAGCUCAAGAGUCAACCCAAAACAACAGUGCGAUGCCUGGAAGCUGAAGUUUAG